UUUCUAGGUAAACAUCACAAUUCUUGGAAAGGUCCCUCAACCUAUCCCGGAGACUCAGGAGCCUCACCACGCCCCGUGGAUCCUCACCCACCGCUCCGCACCCCACCAGGACUCUGUCAUCCCCUAAGGUUUGGGACUCAUGUUCAUCUCCAGUCUCGGUGGCGGGCUCGAGUACUGCCUAGCUGCGCGUUAGCAGUACCGCUCACCUGAGGCAAGAGGAGCGCGCAGAAGACGCUGUGGCAAGCGCCACUGGACCACCAAACAGACGCCAGCAGCUGGGAAACCGGUCCACCACUGGGCGAGCGCUCGUGCGCCUGCGCGGGAGGGCGGGACUGCGCAGGACGCACGCGCAUAUGCUGGGAGCGCCAAGGCUUGAGUUCCUGCUGGAAUGCUACCCCUCUGGUGUCUGGUUCCGGGCUCCUUUACUGUGGUUUCUGAUCCAAACUGGUCUUAGGAGGUUUCUCGGCCUCCGCUCCCCAUUUGGAGUGUAGUGAGGCGCAGAGCUGGGCCUCCGGGGUCAGGUUCCCCCGGUGGAUGGAUCGAGAGACCCGCCUCUUUGCCGAGCGGCACUACCGGGGCCUCGGGGGCCGAGUCCCUGGCUGCAGCGGGCCCGCACCCAGCAGUGUGACCUUCAUUCAGGCGCCGGACGCCUUCUCCUACGCUGACUUCGUGAAGGGCUUCCUGCUGCCUAACCAGCCCUGCGUGUUUUCCAGCGCUUUCACCGAGGGCUGGGGCAGCCGGCGGCGGUGGGUGACGUCGGCGGGGAAGCCUGACUUCGAGUAUCUGCUGCAGAAGUAUGGAGACGUGGUUGUACCAGUUGCCAACUGUGGAGUGCGGGAAUACAAUUCAAACCCCAAGGAGCACAUGCCCUUCCGUGACUAUAUCGAUUACUGGAAGGAGUACAUCCAAGGAGGUUGCUCCUCCCCGCGGGGCUGCCUCUACCUCAAGGACUGGCACCUGUGCAGAGACUCCUUGGUGGAUGACCUGGAAGAUAUAUUCACCCUGCCUGUGUACUUCUCAUCAGACUGGCUGAAUGAGUUCUGGGACGUCCUCAAUGUGGAUGACUACCGCUUUGUCUACGCGGGGCCCAGGGGCACCUGGUCUCCCUUCCAUGCGGAUAUCUUCCGCUCCUUCAGCUGGUCAGUGAACAUCUGUGGGAGGAAGAAAUGGUUGUUCUUCCCGCCAGGGCAGGAGGAGGCCCUUCGGGACUGCCACGGUAACCUGCCCUAUGAUGUAACUUCCGCUGAACUCCUGGACACUCGCCUCUAUCCCAGGAUCCAGCACAGCAGCCUACCCCUUGAAGUCAUACAGGAGGCUGGUGAGAUGAUAUUUGUGCCCAGCGGGUGGCACCAUCAAGUGUACAACCUGGACGACACCAUCUCUAUCAACCACAACUGGGUCAAUGGCUGCAAUCUGGCUAACAUGUGGCACUUCUUGCAGCAAGAACUCCAGGCAGUACAGCAGGAGGUCAGAGAAUGGAAGGACUCCAUGCCUGACUGGCACCACCACUGCCAGGUCAUCAUGAAGUCCUGUACAGGGAUCAAUUUUGAAGAAUUUUACCAUUUCCUCAAGGUCAUCGCUGAGAAGAGGCUUCUUGUCCUGAGGCAAGGACUGAAGGGGGACACAGGGGACAGCACAGGCCUAAAGCUGGGCCUGCAGCAGGCUGCAUUUGAUGUUGGACGCCUUGCAGAUGUGCUGGCCUCUGUGGUUACACAUCCUGACUUUCAGAGAGUGGACACCAGGGCAUUCUCACCACAGCCAGAGGAGCUGCUUCAGCAGCUGGAGGAUACUGUGGCUGCUGCUGAGGCCCUCUAGUACUCUACAGGUCAUGAUAUAGGAAGAAUUCUGGAGGGCAGCUUCUUGCCUCAGGGCCCUGCCCAGGUUACCCUUCCUUGAGGCCUAGGAUGUACCUCAAGGCUGUGCGGGUGCAGUUCUUGCAGUGUGGGCAGACACAGUCUUGCCCAUAUAGUGCUGUUUCCCAGUAUCUAGGCCCUGGAUCUUGAGGAAGGUCCAGCCAAAAUGGGAAUUUAACUCAUGGGAGCUAGAGGGGUAUUCACCCAUUUAGCCUAUAGCAAGCCUGCCAAGAACUUGAAUUGAGUGGUGAUCAUGAAA